CACUUCAUAAUGACUUACCAAGUUUCCGUUUUAUUGCUCAGCCUUUUUCUGCUGGCAGGAUGUGCAUUUGCAGAGGAUUUCUCAGAGUGCUCCAAUGUCGAGGUGGAUACAUUUGUGAUGGUUAUAGAGGAUUGUGCCUCAUAUAUCUAUUGCAAUGGUGAGGAUUCCUUUAGGGAUAUGUGCCCGGAGCAGACCUAUUUCGAUGCCCAGUCCAAGGAAUGUGCUUUCGAUGAUGAGGGAGUUUGCCUAAGGAAAGACACCCUGGAGGCAGAUGUUCCUAUAGUUGCUGCUGCUGCUGAGGGUGAGAUUGAAUCCGAAGACACUUUAACGGAGAUAAACGAAGGCGACAAUUCUGCAGAGGAGGAAGCGGAAAAUGUUGUCACAACUGCAGCACCUGGGCCAUCGACUGUCCCAAGACCACAUUGUGAUCCGGCUAAUGAUAGUUUCCAUCCACAUCCACAGCGUUGCGAGUAUUAUUAUAGCUGCAUCAGUGGCUAUUUGACCAUAGUACGUUGUCCCUACAAAUAUGGCUGGGAUGUGGCCACAGAGCAAUGUAAACCUUUGACCGAUGCCCAAUGCUUUAGUAGUUUGUAGUUGAUAGGCUAAGUGAAUUUAGAAUAAGUACAACUUAGAUCAAG